CCCUGCUACCAAUGUCAAACAAAUUCAAAAUGGUGACCUGCCAAAGCGGUUCAGAAACCACCUUCCUAUUUAAAACACCUUGCCCCAAGGAUGCGCACUGCGCAGGAUGCGAGAAAGGAAGCUUUGCCCUAGAGUAAUAUAUUGGACCUAUCGAUCAAAGCAAAUCGUUGCAGUGUAUAGAGGACACUUUGAAGCACGAAUGAAAAGAACUACAAUUGUGAAAAAGUACGCUUAAUAAAAGGAUUCAUACCAAAUUAUUUGCUCCACAACACGAUGGACUUCGACUCCAAUAUGCCGACAUUGGAACUAACAAAGAAAUCGCUCAAGAAGGUACCCAAAGUAGAGGAUGCCCAGCAAUAUAGAGUGUUAAUAUUAGACGAAAAUGAGCUGCAGAAGAUUGAUAACAUAGACUGUUAUCUGAAAAUUGAAAAGCUUUCUCUUAGCAAAAAUCAACUUCUACGAAUGUACGGCGUGUGUCGAUUGCAUUGCUUGCGAGAAUUGAAUUUGUCGUACAAUGGUAUAUUAACCAUUGAGGGACUGAAAGAUUUAGUGCAUUUAACGCACUUAAACCUUGAGUGCAACAAUAUUAAAACAAUCGAGCAUUUGAACACUAAUGUACAUCUACAGUCGUUGAACUUAGCAGAGAACAGCAUUACCAGUGUUUCUGAUAUUUCUUCAUUGAAAAAAUUAAAGGAUCUCUUUCUUCACGGGAACAAGAUUUCGCAUUUAAGGCAAUGUGAUAAAUAUUUACCUCAAUCAGUGGAAAUACUAACGUUAGCGAAAAACAACAUUUGUGAUCUCAACGAGAUAUGCACUUUAAGCCACCUUAACAAUCUUAACAGCAUCACGAUAGCGGAAAACCCCUGUGUGCAAAUGGCUGGCAAUGCGGUCGGAUUUGAUUAUCGCCCCUUUGUGCUUAACUGGUGUAUGAGCUUGAAGCAUAUAGAUGGUUUUAUAGUUACUGCUAUUGAAAGCCUGAAGGCCGAGUGGCUAUACAGCCAAGGUCGUGGACGCCAGUUCCGCGUAGGCGAACAAACAGCUUUGUCUCGCUAUCUGAGUAGCGUUUGCCCCCUUUCUGGAGAAGCGUUGGAAAACCAGAAUGAAAGAAAAUUAAGGCUCAUUCUAAGUAAAGCGCAACAGCACCAACGCCAAUUACAGGAACAAACUACACAAGGAAGCGAUCUGCUAACCCAAUCGGUUAACAAUUCCCCUUCAUCUCUCCGUCGAAAAGGACAAACCACUCGCAUUCAAUCACCUCGCGUUACUAGGCUUAGUGGACGACAAAACUCCCCGGAUGCCAUGUCGAACAGCUACCAUGGCAACCUUUCGUUGAAUAAUUCCUUAUCUUCCAGUAACCAUAAUGAAAAUUCCGGAGGAGGGUCACAAUUGUUUGAAUUGACUAGAUCAUUGAUCGAUAAUAUCACUUCGGAUGGAAACAUUAUGUCGCAAAGUUUAGACCCAAAUAUGUUGGCUGCCAACAAUGGAGGAGUAGGACUUGCAAGCAGCUCCUCGACUAUUACAGGAGCGCGAUUGAUGACGGAAGCAAUCGUUUCAAACAAACAACAAACUUCUUCAAAUAAUAAUGCCAUUCCAUAUACUGAUCAUCCACCGUCGUCAUCCUUGCCAGUAUUGCUGAGCGAUGGCCCGCUAACUGCCGCUUCAAAGAUGGUACCGGUACCGGAAUCACUGAUGAGUCCCGAUAGCGCUCCCAGCGCAGCAAGUGCAGCCAGCAUUGUUCAACGCAAUUUGCAGAACCAGAAAACUCAACCUCAAACUCCCCAAAUACCAAAAGCUCACAAAAUGAGAGACAUUAAUCGUUCUGCGGAUCCAACCGGCAAUCCUUUUUCAGCUACAAAAAUAGGAAGUCCUCGUGCAUCCAACCGUAAAAUUGGAGGAGAUCAUUUAUCUCCUACGCUUUCUCCGCGCAAAACAUCUACCUUUUCAACGGGAGGAGAUGGAUGUACAUCUUAUUCGCGACCAGUUUCGUCACAAUCGAAACAUUUAAUUGAACCAGCAACUCCCUCUGAAUGUAGUUCAAGCAACGUUGUCAGCUCCGAUGAUGAAAGCGAAACAGUUAAUGUCGAAAAACUGCAAAAUAUUCGCCACAAAAUAGCCAUGCAACAGAAAAUACCGCCACAUUGCUCGAUUAAAAUUAAAGAGAACGUAUUGCAGUCUGCAAAAGAAUCGAUAGAUGAUGAGGAAGAUAAAACAAUCGAAAAUUCAGCAAUAUCCAUUCAAAAGUUUUGGCGCGGCUAUAUUGAUCGUAAACGUUUAUGCGGUGUCGUAGAGAAAAUGUAUUACAAGCGCACCAACGACCAUAUUUUGCAGUUGACAAAGGAUAUGCAAAUAACUAAGCACCAAUUAGAGGCUGGUCGAAAAAUACAGCAAUUACAGAUGCAGGCAUUGCGUCAGCUUUGGCGAAAGGUUUCAACAAUUAAUGACAAUGGCAAAUUGGCUGACUCUUGUGGGCACCGGCAAGUAUCAUCUGUUUCCGAAAAGGAUGAUUCUGCUAGAGAGUUUUCACCUAUGGUAGAUAAUUCCCAUGAGAAUAGAAGCACUUCUCUGAAUGAUCUUUCGAAAUCGUGUUCGAUGUUAAUGGAUCAAGUAAAGCUGUUACAGAGUGCCGUGCAAGAUAUUGUUGGAUGCAUGCAGUUUUUGAUACAUGUUCCUCAACCAUCAGAAGAGCAGCAAGAGCAGUCAUUCCAAUGCAAUGUUGAAUCUCAAACGGACAUCAUUGCGGUACAUACACCCCAGGGAGAGCACACGGCUUUUCCAAUCGUAAUACCGGACGUAUCUAGCAAAAAUCCUAAUUAUUUUAAACAAGGUACAGUAGCUAUGUGCAAGUUGCCAAGACCGUCUACCCUGCCCAUUACAGAAACUUCACCAAAAACGGAUGCAAGUCAAAAAUUCAAUGACGAAGAAUCUAUUUCUGCCGUCGGAGCUCAGGGAAAUGCGAAGAAAAUCGAAGAUGAAGAUAACCAAGUCGAUAUGGAAAUCGAACGUAUUAUUCCUAUAGAAAUUGGAACUAUUAAAAAUAUAGCAAAGAUGGAAAUGACUAUAGCGGACGCAACCCAGGACGAGGACUAAAGAGUUGCUGCAUUCUUACAGUUCACAUUUAUUUUAUUGCUAAUGCACAAUCCUACAAUGCAUAUGUUUGCCACGUUCUCUUUAUUAUUCCUGUGUGAUGUUUUUAAUGCAGUUAUAUAGUCGUCUCUACUAAAGUUUCGCUGUACGUAUCUUUUGUUUAAUUCAUUCGUUAAAACGGCAACAUUGUUUUAUAAUAAGUAUGAAAGAAUUUGUCCCAAGCUAUAGCAUUAGUCUACAGAUUAAAAAAAAGUGGUUGUGUAUGAUUCACCAGUCAUUAUAGAACUACUUUUAAAUUGCCUGCUUGCUCAAUUUUUUUCUUCUGUUUUUUUCAAAUUUCAUAUAUUGUGAUCCCUCUUAGUAGAAAAAAAGUUUUACUGAUACUUAGAUAAUUACAUAGAAUUUAUAUUCAAUUGGAUACAUAAAACAAGCAUUUCUAGAACAACGAAAAAGUAUUUUUAAUAUAGUAUUAUUUAAUUUUAUGGUUAAUGCAUUAAGAUAGCGUAAAAUUUGAUUUGCAUUAUGAUGUGAAAAAAUAACACUACCAACUUCCAAUAAACAA